AAGAGAUAACGUUUUACAAUGCAUUAAGAUUUAUACAAGUGUCAAAAGUGUGUAUGUUUUAAAAUUGCACUGAAUUUAUGCAUAGUUCUGGUAAUAUAAUAACGGAAUGUAAUAAUUCAAUGAAAAUGGACUUAGACACGAUCUACCUCAUUUCUGGAAUUUAUCUCGUUUUGGCAGUUAUUCUCUUUAUAUACUUAGUUUUCGUACAACCGGCAGCAUAUGGCAAAUUCUUGGAAAACAGUCAUAGUGUUGCAGUAAAUGGAAAAAUAGCGUGGUUCAUACAAGAGUUGCCGUCCUUGGUUUUACCAGUAUGGUUUAUGUUUUAUAACGCUCCCAAAGUGACAAAGUUACCUAACAUAAUUCUUAUGCUUUUAUUGAUUAUACAUUAUAUACAAAGGGCGUGCAUUUAUCCAUUUUUGAUACGGGGAGGCAAGCCGUUUCCUCUUGGGUCGUUUGUAUUUGCAGUAGUUUUCUGUACUGUGAAUGGCUACUUGCAGAGCUAUAGUAUCUUAUUUUAUGGCGACUAUGGAGAAAACGGAUGGAAAAAACCGCAUUUCAUAUUCGGCGUUGUCGCUUUCGCUAUUGGUAUGGGAAUCAAUGUCCAUUCAGAUCAUAUCUUAAGAAAUCUGCGAAAACCGGGAGACACUGGAUACAAAAUUCCAAAAGGCGGCAUGUUUACCUACGUGUCGGGAGCUAACUUCUUCGGGGAAAUGCUCGAGUGGGCGGGAUUUGCACUAGCCUCGUGGUCUGUUCCGGCUCUUGCUUUCUCGGUUUUCACAUGCUGUAAUAUUGGUCCACGUGCAAUUCAUCACCAUAGGUAACGGACAGU